AUGUUGGGAAAUUGUUUCGGCAGUGAUACUCUAAAGAAAACAGCCGUUUAUGAGUGGCAUGAACGCUUCAAAAGUGGUCGUGAGUCCAUCGAGGAUGACGAACGCAGUGGCAGGCCGUCGACAUCGAAAACCGACGAAAACAUCAAUAUCCGAGAACUGGCAAAGGACUUAAACAUUGAUUAUGAAUCCAUUCAGGACAUUGUAGUUAAUAGUUUGGGUUUGCGCCGUGUUGCUGCAAAGUUGGUCCCGAAGGAACUGAAUUUCAAAAAAAAGGGACCGUCAUGA